UAACGAUACCUGUUUGCGGAUAACUUUUUAGCCGAUAGUCGGAAACGGCAAACCAGGGGUCCUUCGUGGGUGUAGCAGCAGUUGCUGGCUUUUAACGCUAAAUCCGCAUAGAUUGAAUGGAUUUAGCGUAGAAAGUGCCUCUCUUCUCCGGUCUGCUCAGGUCGGCGUUUAGACCCCGGAAAAAGUGAUCCACGACAGCGGGCCCUUAGCUUGACAUCAUCUGUUGAGUACGCUCUCCCCCUGCUGUCAGCCCGUCACUAUUAGUCGCUCCCAACUUUGUCCUCCGGUGGUCCUCGAUGUAUCUAUUUCAGCGUUUCUUCCAACAACGCUGAACACCGACGCAUACGUGUGAGCUAUUCCGUCACAACUGGUUACAAAUCGGCGACCUGUUCCAAGUUUUGAUGCGGUUCAACGCGGCACCUUGCAAAGAACUUCAUUACCCAUAACCCUCAAUGGUUCCGGACGUACGAUGACGUCAUUACGCAAGCCGAAGCCAAGUGGAGGCAGCAACAGCCGGCAGCCAUAUUGCUCAGUCAAGUCGGCUUCUGCACUUUGGCUGGUCUUCUUUAAAAUCGCCUCCGUGCAUAAGAAAAAAACCCGACAUAUUCCACUUGAUAACCUCCACUUCCCAGCCUCCCUCCAAGCUUGGACGGCACGUUGUCUCGGAUUUAGAAACAAAACCAAAAUGAGUCCAACCGAUGCUAAACGAGGGGCUAAACGCAGGAAGAACAAGCGGGGCGGUGGCAGUAGCUGCAGUACUGUCUGCAAUAGCAGCAACGGCGUCGGCAAGGCCGGCCUUCCGUCGGCCCUCGGUUGUGCCGGAGCUCCGACACCUGCCGGCUUCCUAGCACCUGCCAGCGGAGGCAGCGGCAACGUGGGCUCCAUGAACGGAGAGCUCAAAGCAAACAACAGCGUCACGCCGCAGUUCACAGAAGGACCGGUGAACGCAGACUUCUCUGGAGUCCUACAGACGCCGUUCACCUUCGGCUUAAACCAGCGGGCGCCGUACACGGCCGGCAACCGCUGCCUCCUGUGCCGAUGCGAGCGCAGCAAAGACGCCCUCCGUCCCUCAGAGGCGGGCGGCCCCGACCAGACCGGCGCGUCGGAGGGCGGUCAGACGCCCAGCACCCUCCAGCUGCCUCUCUGGGUAUGCGCCGACUGCAGGCGCACUGUGGAGAAGGAGGACCGACACCCUGCGCUGGAGCAGUCGCUGGGGAGCCAGGAUUUCCUUCUACACAUGCCGGUGGCCAACGGAAGCCUGGGCAAGGAUGCGGGCGACAGACUAACCGCCGCCGCCCCGACACCGCCCAUGCUCCCGGCGCCCGACCUCGCCGCGCCCAUGCCCGCUGACGCCGCGUGCGGGUGCGAAGCGUGCCACGAGAGGCGGGAGAUCUCGGCUGUGUCGGAGCGGGAGUCUCAGCAGCUGCAGAACCACUGGUCGGAGGUCCGCUACCUGGUCCGCUGUAUCUACCGGCAGGCCGGAACGCCACUGGCUGAUGACCACGACCAGCCCUUAGAGAGGGACAAGGAGGGCAUGAAGGAGUUGGUAGACAGACUCUGCGAGAAGGACCCUUACCAGCUGUACCAGCGUCUCGAGCAGCAGGCCCGCGAGUACGUGCUGGAGAUGAAGGUGCGGCUCCUCAAGCACCUCUCGGCGGGCUCCAAGACGCCGGGACCCGCAACGGCGACGGCGGCCGCCGCGGCCCAGGGUCCCCCUCAGGCCCACCAGUUCAUCUCCCUGCUGCUGGAGGAGUACCGGGCCCUCUGUCAGGCCGCGCGCACCAUCAGCGGCUUCCUGCUCACCCUGGAGAAUGAGCACCUCCAGAAAUUCCAUGUGACGUGGGAGCUGCACAACAAGCACCUUUUCGAGAAUCUGGUCUUCUCUGAACCAAUUUUGCACAGCAGCUUGCCAGCACUGGUUGCACAGAUCAAGCACGGCACCGCCUCCCACGACUCGUACAGCGAAGACAUGUACCGGACCUUGCUGGAGAGCUACCAGCACCUGCAGCAGGAGAUGGCGUCCGUGGCCGCCGAGUGGCAGGAGUGCGAGAAGAGGAUCGACGACUAUGUGGAUGAGCAGUUACUCUUCAAGGUGGAGGGCCAGACUUUCACCAACCAAAGAACAGAGCAGCAUAAGUCAUUAGUUGGCAAAAAUACUUUAAAGGCAAAACAGCGAAUGCUAAAAGAAGACUGGGAGUUCUUCAAGCAGCGGCGGUACAUAGAAGAGCAGUUACCCAACAAUAAGAAGCUGCCCUGUGGCGACAACUUCACAGACACCAUGAGAAUGCUGUCGUCACGCCUGAGCAUUCCAGACUGUCCAAACUGUAAUUAUCGUCGGAGGUGCACGUGCGACGACUGCAGCCUCUCCCACAUCCUGACGUGCGGCAUCAUGGACUCUCCCAUCUCCGAGGACCUCCACAUCAAGCUGCCUCUGCAAGGGGAACCCCCCCAGGACUACCUGGCCGAGGUGCACCCGCCCAGCCUCUCCUCGGGCAGCUCGGCGUCGGGCUCCAACUCCAGCUCUCCCAUCACCAUCCAGCAGCAUCCCAGACUCAUUCUGCCCACCGGGGAAAACAAUACAUUCGUCAGCGAUGAUGACGAAGUGCCUCCCAUGCCCACCAAGUUUGGCGACAUCUACCCAGUGAGUGGCUACGAGGACAACUGUGUCCCUGCGGUGAACGGACACCAUGGCGACAUGAAUGGCGACGGCGUAAAGGUGGCACAGAAGGCAGUGUCUCCUGGCAUCAGCAGCAGCAGCUCGUCAGAGGGCGACGACGAGGGUGGCAGACAGCAGGAGGAGCUGUCCUCCAGAAACACCACCAGUCCUCCACCGUCUUACAACCACCAACAGGUGGAGCCAGUCCAGCGAGCCUGCGAGUGCCACGUGUGCAACCAGGACCCCACCCACUCCGCCUUGGGGCCGGCGUCGUGCCUGCCCGCGGGGCGACUCCACUUGGCGGCGCCCCCCGCCGUCGGGCACCAGUUCUUCACUGACAACAAGACGCCCCCCGCCCACCCGGCCCUGCACCUCUACCCGCACAUCCACGGCCACCUGCCGCUUCACAACUUCUCCCGGCCCUUGCUGCACCCCACGCUGUACCCCCCUAGUCCGCCCCUCACGCACAGCAAGCCCUUGCCUCCGAACCCCACAACAAACCACUCGGCGGCCAAGCAGCCGGUCUUCAGCCCCACACUACCCGAGCACGUCUACCAGAACUGCUUCAACGGCGGCGGCGGCGGCGGUGGCAACGGCGGUGGCGGCGGCGGCAACUGGAACAGCUCGCUGCAGUGCCUCUCGCUCAAGUUUGAGAAUCUGUGGGACGCGGCCGUGAUGAAGAGCUGGAAUCCAUCCAUGCUGCUGCCUGAGGCGCUGCCAGGUGACACGCUCGGCCCGCCCCUCGCUGACGUCCCGCUCCCCCCGACGCCCGCCUGCCCGCCAGCAGAACACCCCUCGCUCCCCGGCCCCGCGCCCCCCUCCUCAUCAUCAUCGCUCUCCUCCUCGUCCUCCUGCUCCUCCUCGGACGCCAAGGAGCAGAAGAAGAGCGGCGCCAAGAAGAAGUGUCUCUACAAUUUCCAAGAUGCCUUCAUGGAGACCAACCGGGUGGCCAUGGCCACCUCGGCCUCCAUGUCGUCCGUGUCCUGCACUGCCACCACUGUCCAGUCGAGUAAUAACAUCCCCAUCCACCUUGCGUCUAAAAGCCCCAACUCUUUAGAUGACGUGUUUCACAGCUUGGGUAAAGAGGACCACAGGCAAGCCUCUCCAGGCUUCCCCCAAAACCCCCUCCCGCCGCUCUCUGGCCCCGCACUGCCCCCGGCGCCCGCCCCGCACAUCCCCGCCAUGGGACCACAGUCCUUUCCCAAAAUUGCCGCACCGGCCCCGGAUUUGGGAGAAGCCCACCACCAAGGUCUGUGCCUCCCUCCGGCCGAGCCCGCCAUCUCCUCCUCGGCAGACGGUCCCCUCAGCGCCCCGCCCAGCGUCUGCAGCGAUCCCGACUGCGAAGGCCACCGCUGCGAGGGGAGCAGGGUGUACGAGCACCCGCCUUACGACGGCGAGGAGAGCCAGGAUGAGGACAGCUGCUCGGAGCACAGCUCCUCCACGUCCACGUCCACCAACCAGAAAGAAGGAAAAUACUGCGACUGCUGCUACUGCGAGUUCUUUGGCCACGGCGGGCCUCCAGCGGCUCCGACGAGUCGAAACUAUGCAGAGAUGCGGGAGAAGCUGCGCUUGCGCCUGACCAAACGCAAAGAGGAGCAACCAAAGCGGGAGGAGCAGCACCCGGUGCUGGAGCGGGAUGGCGGCGUGGAGGACCACCGGCGAGUGGAGGACCUGCUGCAGUUCAUCAACAGCGCCGACAGCAAACCAGCGUCCAGCUCCAAGGCGGCCAAGAGAGCGAGGCAUAAACAAAAGAAGAUGGAGGAGAAGGCGCGUCUGGAGGCCGAGGCUCGCGACCGGGAGGAGCAGCUGCUGCAGGAGGAGCAGCAGAGGCUGCGGCGGCAGGAAGAGGAAGAGGCGGCGCUUCAGCGGGAACUGCUCAGGCUGCAGGAGCUGCAGCAGCAGCAGCAACAUUGCGCCACCAAGAAGAAAAAGAAAGACAAAGCCAAGGAGAACACGGCGCCCCCUCAGAACACGCCGCAGCCCCUCAAACAGACCGCCCAGAACGUCCUCGACCAUCUCCAGAACGUGAAGUCGCAGCUACUCCAAAACUUCAUCUGCUUGCCGGAUCAGCGGGACGGUCGGUCGGAGCACAGCCCCAAACGCAGCAGCGAGAGAGGCUUCUCUGCUCAGACCAACAACGCCGCCAACCUCCACCACCACCACCACCACGCCGACAUCGGCAACAGAGUCAAGGUCAAGCAGGUGUCCAAGGGCGUCAUGUGCGAGUCCCCGCUUAAAAAGGACCCUGAAUCAGCCAAGAGCUCGGAAACUGCAGUAAAACUCGCCAACGGCACCACAGAGACCAAAGCAAUGCGCGCCAGGCCCGUCGAGGCACCCGCUCUUCCUCUCCCUCCCCCUCCCCCUCCUCCCGCCACCGCCGUCACGGAAGCGCGCCGGGAGGAAAGGAAUAACAGAAGUGCCAGCGGGAAGAGGCACAUGAAGGAAGACCGGAGGAGUCCGCCGGUGUCCAAUCCCUCCCCGUCGCCCCCCCCUCCUCAGCAGCCGACCUGCCGCUCCGAACUGACGGAGCAGAGCACGAAACCUCCCAGCGCCGAGUCGCCGCAACCCAAAGGCAAAGCGAAGAAGAACAAGAAGAAGAAGGGGGACAAGAUGAACACCUCCAUAGAUGACGUGUUCCUGCCCAAAGACAUCGACCUGGAUAGCACUGAAAUGGACGAGACAGAACGUGAAGUGGAAUAUUUCAAAAGGUUCUGCCUGGACUCGGCGCGGCAAACACGUCAGCGGCUCUCCAUCAACUGGUCCAACUUCAGUUUGAAGAAAGCCACCUUCGCCGCGCACUGAAGUCACACACGCCGCCACCGCCAACCUCCCUGCCCACCUCUGUUCGCUCCCGCUGUGCCCGAAUCACACCCGACGCUGCCUUGCUUCCUUCUCCUCUCGCCGUGGCUCCUCCCUCCGACGGGACCCGUACGGACCUGCUGAACUUUAAAAAAAACAAAAAAACACACACAGAGAACAGAAAUGCCUGUGUUGAUUUCCAGUUCCUGGCGUGCUUCUGUGCUUUUAGUGGGCCAUUUCUUUCCGACUGAACAAGCCAUGGUCUGAAAUGAAAAGAAGUUAUCAAUUAAAAGCUGUAUUUGACAUAUUGUGGCUUAUUAUACCAUCACUCCCCAGCACGGCGUCUCAUCCACUUUGAUUAAAAAAAAAAAAAAAAAAAAGGUGCUUGGUUGGUCCGCCGGUGUCCACUUCCUGCACUCCCCACCCACUACUCCUCCUCGUAGUUCCGACAGGAGGACGGCAAAAUACUUGACAAUGUUCUUUUUUUGUUUCUGUUUUUAGCUUCUGUUUAACAAAAUGUACUGGAUACUUUUUCUUUCUUUUCUCUUUUGGACGUUACGUAGCCGGCUUGUCAGAAGACUUUAAGAAUAGAAGAAGAAGCCAGCGGUCAUGGAGUGUCUGUUGUAUUAACACUGAAGCCCCACUGGCUACUUUUAACAUAUUGUUAAGUAAUAUUGAAUCAUGUCUUUCUUUUUGAAAGAUGGAAUACACUCGUAUGGCAGGA